CACCCAUAUCUUUCUAACGUAACAAAACAUCAACAACCUCUAAAAGCCUCACCCAACACCAAAAUGUCGAGCAUAGAAGUACAACCAUCCUCUAUUCAGCUUGAUUCUUCCAUCACCAUUGCUACCACCACCACCACCACCACCACUCCUAAAACUCCAACACCAACUCAUAGCCACCGCCACCGCCACCGCCGUUCACUCACUCCCUCAAAGAAAUCCUUAUCCUCCAUUCUAGCCAGACUCCAUGCAGGCUACUUCAGAAUCAGCCUCGCGUUUGGAAGCCAAGCACUCCUUUGGAAAAUCCUUCGCCAAACAACCACUCAUAAUAACAAUACAACAACUGAAACCAUCAUCAAACCAUCACCACUAUUAGACGUCUUCCACAAUCUCCCAUUAACGGCCUCCUUCCUCCUCUGGACCCUCUCGUUCCUAAUACUAAUCUCCCUCUCCCUCUUCUACCUGCUACGAUGCUUCUUCCACUUCCACUUAGUAAAAGCAGAGCUUUUACACCAUGUAGGUGUGAAUUACCUUUUUGCCCCUUGGACAUCUUGGCUCCUCCUCCUCCAAUCCACCCCUAUCUUCAUUUCUCCAAAGGGUUUCCCUCAUCUAGUCCUAUGGUGGGCAUUUUCCAUCCCAAUCAUAGUCUUGGAUGUCAAAAUAUACGGUCAAUGGUUCACCACUGAGAAGAAGUUCCUGUCCAUGGUGGCUAACCCUACGAGCCAGUUAUCGGUCCUAGGGAACCUGGUUGGGGCUAGGGCCGCGGCUAAGAUGGGGUGGAAGGAAAGUGCAGUGUGUAUGUUUUCGUUAGGGAUGGCUCAUUAUUUGGUGCUUUUUGUAACUCUUUAUCAAAGGUUGUCUGGUGGAGAUCGUCUUCCUGCUAUGCUUCGUCCUGUUUUCUUCCUUUUUCUCGCAGUUCCGAGCAUGGCUAGCUUGGCUUGGAGCUCUAUCUCUGGAUCUUAUGAUACUGAGUCGAAGAUGUUGUUCUUCCUCUCACUCUUCCUCUUUGCAUCACUGGUGAGCAGGCCAACUCUGUUCAAGAAAUCGAUGAGGAAGUUCAACAUAGCGUGGUGGGCGUACUCAUUCCCGCUAACCAUGCUAGCUCUAGCAGCUGCAGAGUACGCACAGGAGGUCAAAGGCCAUGCAGCAGCCGCGUUGAUGCUCAUCAUCUCGGGACUCUCCCUCCUAGUUUUCAUCGGACUACUGUUGUUUACUCUGCUUAAUGCUGCUAAACUGCUUUGCGAGAAUGAUCCUAUUCUAAGCUUUGCCAAGGAUCCAAUGGCUUGAUUACUAGUUCUGUUUUGUUCUGUUUUCUUUGAUUAGUAUAGUUACAGAAUUCGAUUUACAGCAUCAAUAUUCUAAGAAAUUCUUGCAGUGUACAAUACAGGUUUUGGUUAAUAAAAAGUCACUCUGAAUUUUGACAGUGAA